AUGGACAACGGGUCGUGCUGCCUCCUGCAGGGGGACCCCAUGGCGCAGGUGAUGCCCCCCCUGCUGAUCCUGUUUUUCGUGCUGGGCGCGCUGGGCAACGGGCUGGCCCUGUGCGGCUUCUGCUUCUCCCUGAAGACCUGGAAGCCCAGCACCAUCUACCUGUUCAACCUGGCGGUGGCCGACUUCCUGCUCAUGGUGUGCCUGCCCUUCCGCACCGACUACUACCGGCGGGACCGGCACUGGGCCUUCGGGGACGCGCCGUGCCGGCUGGUGCUGUUCAUGCUGGCCCUGAACCGGGCGGGCAGCAUCGUCUUCCUCACCGUGGUGGCCGUGGACCGCUACUUCAAGGUGGUGCACCCGCACCACGCGGCCAACGCCGUGUCCAAGCGCGCGGCGGCCGGCCUGGCCCUGGGGCUGUGGGGCGCGGUGCUGCUGGGCACGCUGCACCUGCUCACCGAGGACCACCGGUGCACGGCGCCCGGCGGGCCGCCCGCGCCCUCCUGCGAGAGCUUCAUCAUGGAGUCGGCCAACGGCUGGCACGACAUCAUGUUCCAGCUGGAGUUCUUCCUGCCGCUGGGCGCCAUCCUCUUCUGCUCGGGCCGCGUGGUGUGGAGCCUGCGGCGGCGGCGGCGGCUGGCCCGGCAGGCCCGCCUGCGCAGGGCCACGCGCUUCAUCGCCGUGGUGGCCGCCGUGUUCGUCACCUGCUACCUGCCCAGCGUGGCGGCCCGGCUGUACUUCCUGUGCACGGUGCCCGCCAGCGCCUGCCACCCCGCCGUGCACGCCGCCCUGCACGUGGCGCUCAGCCUCACCUACAUGAACAGCGUGCUGGACCCGCUGGUCUACUGCUUCUCCAGCCCGGCCUUCCCCCGCCUCUGGGCCCGGCUCAAGGCGCCCGGCCCGCGGGCGCGGAGGCGCGAGGAGGUGCCCAUCGCGCGCCUCUGCCGCCAGGACGGCACCGCCGCCGCCAGCAACGGGCAGAGCCGGCCCUGCGGGCCCUGA